AUGAGCAGGAGCGGCAGCGCCUCGCCGGCCGGCAGCAGCAGCCGCCCAACCUCGCCCCAGCUGUCUAAAAUGAACUGGCGCAACCCCACCCUCCUCCUCAGCCAAUCAGCCGCAGGCGUCAAGGGCUGCUACAUGCAGCUGGCGGGCCUGGCGCGAGGGCAGCGUGUGCAGGCGCGGUCCCACGACUCUGCAGACGAAGAGGCGGACGAUGGUGUGCUGGCAGGCGCUCCGGCCCCCGCCCCCAACCAGCCCGCUUCGUGGGAGCUGCUGGUGGCGCUGACCGCGCUGUCUGUGGCCAUCUGCUACGCCGACCGCUCCAACAUCUCUACAGCCAUCAUCCCCAUGAGCGAGCAGUUUGGGUGGGAGCCCAGCUGGCAGGGCCUCAUCCUCUCCAUGUUCUUCCUGGGCUACCUCCUCACACAGAUGCUGGGAGGCGCCCUGGCGGACCGGUACGGCGGCAAGGGCGUGCUGACGGCUGGGGUGGCGGCCUGGUCGGUCUGCACCAUCCUCACGCCGCCCACCGCCUACCUGGGCAUACCCGCCCUCGUCGCCAUGCGGAUUGCGAUGGGGCUGGGCGAGGGGGUGGCCUUCCCCGCCAUCCAUUCCAUCAUCUCCCGCAGCAUCCCUCAGGAUAAGCAGUCCACCGCGGUGGGGGUGGUCACUGCCGCCAGCUACGCGGGCACCGCGGUGGCGUUUGGGCUGGCGCCAACCAUCAUCGAGGAGCUCGGGUGGCCGUGGGUGUUCUACCUGUUUGGCGCCUCGGCGGCGCUGUGGCUGCCCUUCUGGCUGCCGCAGCGCAUGGAGGGCGGCAGCAGCAGCCGGCACGGAGGAGGAGGGGGAGGGAAGAGCUUCAGCCUCAUGAGCUUGUUUGCCACGGCGGAUGCGGAUGAUGCCAGCCUGCGCCUCACUCCCGACCGCGAGGCACAGGGGCAGGCCGGCAGCAGCGGCGGGGCGCGGCCCAGCCUGGACGCGGUGGCAGGCGAGGGGAGCAAGCAGCGGCUGCAGACGGCGCGGUCGCUGCCAGACGAUGCAGCCAGCGAGGCGGGCACCGAGUGGUCUGACGGCGUGGCGGUGGCAUACCUGGUACAGGAGCAGCAGCGGCACGGGGUGGGCUUUGCGGCGCUCAUCCGCACGCGCGAGGUGUGGGCCAUCUGCGCGGCGCAGUACACCGGCUCCUGGGGAUUCUACGGCCUGCUCAACUGGCUGCCCUCCUUCUUCAAGGACCACUACCACGUGGAGAUUGCGCAGCUGGCCAGCUUCACCCUGCUGCCGUACGUGGUGCAGGGGUCGGUGGGCGCUGCGUCAGGCGUCAUCGCCGACAAGCUGCUGGCGCGGGGGUGGCCCGUGAGGCGCGUGCGCCGCGUGCUGCAGACGGCGGGCAUGCUGGGCCCCGCAGCCUGCAUGCUGGCCGCCGCCUCGCCGCUGACUGACGGCGACCCCGGCGCCGCCUCGGCUUGGAUCACUGUGGGACUGGGGCUGAACGCCCUGACGCUGGGAGCCGUCAGCGUCAGCCACCUGGACGUCGCGCCCAAGCACGCGGGCGUGGUGUUUGCCGCGGGCAACACCUCGGCCACGGUGGCGGGCCUGCUGGCGGUGCCGCUGACGGGCGUGGUGCUGCAGACCACGGGCAGCUGGCCGCUCGUGUUUGGCAUCACCGCCGCGCACUACUGCGUGGGCGCGGUGCUGUUCGCGUGGUGGGUGGGCGACAAGCCGCUGCCGCAGGACGGCUGA